UACGCUUUCGUUUUCUCUUCUUUACAGACAACAGAAGAGCACGCCGCGAACAAUCAAGUCUGUCAAAAUGUAAAGACGUUGUGAAUAUUUUCGAUUUAAUAUCUCUCGAAUGAUUGAACUUGAAAUCUUCGCGAUUGGUGACAACGAAAAGUGAUUUGAAUAAUCUUCUUUAUUAUUAUUACUAUUAUCAACAUCAACAUCAACAUCAACACCAACAUCAACAUCAUCAUCAUCAUCAUCAUCAUCAUCAUCAUUGCAAUUCUCUUAUUCUUAAAGUAACUUGGUAGCUUAGAACGUAGCUAUUUUGAACUUGUUCUACACGAGAAUAGAAAACGUCGAACGGAGGAAUCGAUUCGAUUAAUAAGAAACAAUAAGAGUCGAAUAUAUCGAGAUCGUUGGCGAGAAACGUUCCUUCGCCUAAAAGUCAAUAAAUUCUCGGCUCUCUCUCUCUCUCUCUCUCUCUCUCUCUCUCUCUCUCUUUCUCUCUCUCUCUCUCUCUCUCUCUCUCUCUCUCUCUCUCUCUCUCUCUCUCUCUCUCUCUCUCUCUCUUUACAACCGCGGCAAGGGAACCUUUGUCCGAUAAAUCAACGUCGAUUUCAUCCCUACGCGAGCAUCAAUUACAAGACCUUCUCGAGACAUUAAUUUAUUGUUGGAGAGGAACGUAAUCUACCGGCUCGUUGAUAUUAUUCGUCGCCGGUUAGGAAGAAAGAAAAGAAGCGGGCAUUUCGAAAAGUGUACUUUCGACAAGAAGACGGCAGAAAAACGAAGACGGAAACGAAGAAAUUAUAAGUGAAAGAGAAAGAAGCACUGUAGCAGCUUUCGGCAGCGAUACGAGGUCAGCCUCCUUCAAACCGAUAAACAUAUAUAGUACAUGGAAGCAAAUUCCUGGUGGCCACUGACUUCGCUGACACUUUAUCAUGACUCAAGCCCCUCGAAGUCGCUCUAGGUCAAAGCCAUUGCCAUUUCGAGACGAACAAUCGUCGAUGAAGAUACAAUAUAUAGAGAGUGUGAACUCCUUGGAAAAUCUUAGUAAAACUCGUGACAAUAUCCUUGACAAUGAAAGUUGUUAUGCGAUCAAGAAAGCUAAUGAUUACUGUAUCUUCGUUUCUACUGGUAUGUUAAAUUUGACGAUAAGAUCGAAUUAUUUAGUUUGUGUACGAUCAGAUAUGGCAAGGAAUAAAAACAAACAAGUGAAACUAUUUAUAAGAGAUACGACGAGAUGAGUUGCCACAUAUGUAAGUUUUUUUUCUAAAAAAGAGAAAAAAGAAAGAAGAAAGAAGAAAGAAAAAAGAAGGAAAAAAAAAAAAAGGAAAUAUUAUGACUUUUGCGUGUCGCAAAAGUUGAUGGUCGCGAGAGGACGAUUAGCAAGCAAGGGAAGGAUGAAUGAUACUCGUAAAUAAACGAACGAUGACGGAAUAAAAUAGCGAGGAACGAGAGCUGUAUCUGGACCGGUACGGUUCUGGAGAUCGGUGUGCUUUCUCGAUCCCUUGGGAAGGAACGACAGUGACACGGCACCGGCUGGCACAGCGGCGAUUAUCUCUCGAGUCGUGUGCGAUGACAACGCAAGCACUACACGUCGUCUUCGAUCUGCCGAUCGACAGUCUGAAAACGAUCCUCGACGACGAAGGUACACGUGCGAGCUCCAACAAGAUCGAUCAUUUGUCUAUCCUCGAUCAGUGUAUGUGUGUAUAAACAUUCACAUAUGUGUGAGACCGAGGAUCGGAUACCAAAGAUACCGGUUUUUCUAUUUUGCACACAACAUAAUCAAGCAAAUCGUAGUCAAUGCGAAUCACGAAAAUUUCAACUAUUAUCACGAAAUGUACGAUCACCACUGGCUAUUAUUGUUUAGUUGGUCUUGGUCGUUGGCAAAAAAGAUUGUAUAGCUUGAUACUAAAUAAUAAAUUAUUUUCGAUCGAGGAUAAAAUUUACGAUCUCCUCCUUCUCUUCUCUUUUUUUUUCUUCUUCUGAAAGUUUAUGGAGAAUCGAUCUAUCGUUAUGAUCGAGGAAACUUUGAUGUUCGACAUGGCAGAUGAGCUAUUAUUUUCUGCUUUGGGAUUAACGACGGAUAUAAACUUCGAUAGACCACUAUCGUCACCCUCUGUAUCGAAUCUACCCUCCGAAUAUGAAUCCUCUUGCAGGACUCCUUUGAGCGAUGAUUCAGAGAAUAUCGACAAUCAUGCAAUAUCUUUGACGACACCCGUUGAAUGUUAUACAGAAUUAACGUGUUCUCCGAAGGAUUCUUGGAACGAUUGGAUGACAAACACAUCUACAUCUUCCUCGGGUUGUUUGAGCGAAUUGAGCGAAUUAGAUUCUGAAUUGGAGUGGUGCUUGGACAGAACUUGGAACUCUGGUCUUCCUGAAAGAACACCACUUUGUACGGCAGGAUGCGAAGGAUUUUUACAUUUACCUUUGCCAAAUCCACAACAAAUAUUCAAUAAUGAUGAACCAUUGCUUGUACUUGGUAUUGAUUUAAGGACAUUAGAAAAUACAUUAGGACCGGAGGAAAUAGUUACAGAUUAUAAUAAUAAUCAGUUAGAAGAGAGUCUACUUAUUUCAUCAGCAGCUACAGCCGCAUUGGCCACUCACGAUUACACUAAUCGUAAUUUGGCUAAUGCAGCAGAGGAUAGAUGUUUUCCAUGUACUUAUCAAGGCUGUCUAAAGGUCUACGCUAAAGCGUCUCACUUAAAAGCUCAUCUACGUCGUCAUACAGGAGAAAAACCAUUCGCUUGUACAUGGUCAGGUUGCGGAUGGCGUUUUAGUCGAUCAGACGAAUUGGCGAGGCAUAGACGAUCACAUUCGGGAGUGAAACCCUAUCCUUGCGAAAUGUGUUCGAAAAGAUUCGCACGUAGCGAUCACCUAGCAAAACAUCGUAAGGUGCAUAGGAAAAAUACUUAUCCCUUGUUUCAAAAUGGACGUGGAUUUCGUAGUGGAAAAACGAACGUACUACCAGAGAUUUAGUGAAUUCUCAAUCCAAAAAUAAUUUCAUUAGGAGUUGACUUGACACGAAAAGAAAUAGAAUCUUAAAGUGUAGAAAGAAAUAGAAUCAGUGUAAAAAGAAAUAGAAUCUUAAAGAAAUGAAGAUCUUAAAGUAUAAGUAAUACCUCAUCCGAUUAUUACAUCGUGUCUUUUAUGGAGAGCAUUAAAAAUUCGCAUUAGAAAAUAAAUUUAAAGAAGAUUCUUUACUCACCGCAUCUUUCGAAAAUGGUCGACGAGGAUUUAUAUUAUUGCUUUGUUUUCUCCAAGUUCCCCAAUAUGGUGGUCGACGAUUUUCAUGAAAUUGUAAUAAUUUUGGCCGAUUUUUAUCCAUGACAACCUCAGGCUGGAAGACUACACUCGAUUUACUAUCAUUCUCUUCUUCAUCUGUGCCAUAAUCAUUAAAAAACAAAUAAAUAUUUUUUGCAUAAA